UUCCCAGGAUCACGUUCAAGACUGGUUAUCCAUCCAAGUUCUCUUUUAUUCACAAAUUUAACAUUCAAAGUUUUAUUGCAGCUUCGGUUACUAUAUAACAGUUUGCUUUUGGAAGUACGAAGUUAUUAAAAAAAUCAGAGGUUAAUUCUAAAUCCCCGUCAUAAUUUUUCAGUUAACUAUACUAAUUUCAUACUAUUCAGAGCAAUGGAGUAUAGAUCGUCUAAGGAUGAUGACUACUAUCGGCGAAGACCUUCUUCCAAUAGACAUGAUCGAUCUCGACACGAUCGUCGUUCAAGAUCGCCCUUACAUGAUGAUCUUGAUCGGCAAAGACCUUCCAGCAGACAUGACCGUUUCUCUCCAUAUGAUCGUCGUUCAAGAUCGCCCUUAGAUGAUGAUCUUGAUCGACAAAGACCUUCCAGCAGACAUGACCGUUUCUCUCCAUCUGAUCAUCAUUCACAAAGAAGUGGAAAUUCAAGAGGUUCUCUUCAAUCUGUAUGUGAGAAUAUGGACCAGUACAGACAAAAUUCAUAUCCCAAGGAAUUGACGGAUAUGUUUGAAGCUUAUUAUUGCAAAUUGUGCAGCACUGAGUUAUCCUCACCAGCUGUUGCAAAAAUGCACUACAGCGGAAAACCACAUGAUAAGAAAGUGACAAGAUUUCUAUUCGAGUGGUGUGCAAAAACUGGUGCUGAAAUGCCAAGGAGGGAGAGCGCAUAUUCAUUCCCAGCAGCUAAUUUUGAAGAGUAUUGUGAGUUGUGUGAGGUUAGAUUGACGUCAGUGAGUGACAAACUACUCCAUUAUGCAGGAAAACCCCACCGGAAAAAUCAAAAUAAUCCAGAGAAAGCCAAGAGAAAGAAAAAGAUUUACGACACAAUUGACCUAACUGAUAUCCGUUUUGGAAUCUGCACUGAUUUUUCAACUAGCAAUGAAGCGGAGAAGAAACUGAAGAGCAAUGGGACCUCCCAAGAGUUUGUGUGUGAGUUGUGUGACGUGAAAGCUGUGUCGGAGGAUCAGUUCCAGAAUCACUUGAGUGGAAAGAAGCACAAAGAGAAAAUGGAGAAAAAGAAUAACUCUGAUUCAUCUGCUGAUGUUUCUAAGUUAGCUAGACCAUACAAGUGUUAUAUGUGUGAGGUAUCACUGGAAACAUCCUCUUUGUUCAAAAAACAUAUUAAUGGAAAACGUCAUUUAAAAACUCUUUCUAAACGGAAAAUGAACAAAACCGGCCCUGAUAUAUGUAAAGUGUGUAAUCUGAAUUUCACAUCAUUUGAACAAUACCAAAUGCAUUGCAGUGGUAAAAAACAUGAGAAAAAAUACAAGGAACUAGCUCAAACAAUCACAGCUCCACCAGUGGAAAAAGUCUCAAUCACAUGUGAUUACUGUCCAUAUGUAGGAAAUGAUGAGGAACAUAAAUGUGAUAAGUCACUGCUAGAGUUGGACUUCGAAGGGCUGGAUAAGAAGUAUGUGUGUUUCAAUUGUAACAUGGUGUACGAAAAUAAAGAAGCUUAUGAAGAACACAAAAAUUCCAGACGACAUCUUCUGUGUGUGCUCAACAAGGAAACUGGAGAUAAAGUUGUAGAAGAAUUAAUACAUUUCUAUUGCUUUAUCUGCAAAGUACAGUGUCGUAAUAUGCAAGCGUACACGCACCACUUAUUUGAACCAAAACAUCUGACUUUGUCUACUGAGGAGUCGGACUUGGAGAAUAAGACUAACCUGUACGUAUGCAGUAUGUGUAAUAUAGUGAUGGAUCAGGAGGCUAAGGAAGGGCACAUUUAUGAUAAAAAACAUUUAAGAAAGUCUCUACAAAAUGAUACAUGGAUAACAUUGGCAAGUCUGGUACAAGAAAACAUAACCACCACAAACUUUAAUUGUCCUUAUUGUAAUGUGUCUUUAAAUUCAUUUGUUAAAUACUCUGAACAUCUCUUGAGUGAAGAGCAUAUUAAUACUAUGAUUGAAGAUAGACUUAAAGGUUAUAAAGUACCACCAAAAUAAGUUGAAAUUUGGAACAUUUAAACUUACAUAAGCUCAUAUAUAAAACAUUUUUAUAGAGAUGUGUUUUAAAAGUUUGUAAUUUGAUGUUUUUAUAUGUAUUGACUACUUAUGUUUAUUUUAAAUAAAAAUUAAGAUAUAGUAUAUUGAGACUUUGAUUUCAGAUAGACUUACAAAUUAUAAUGUGCUAUAGUAAGUUGAAGAGUGAUGUUUAAAGCUGGAACACUUAAAUUAUUAAAUAAAAAUAUGAAACGUUUUAAUGAGAUGUAUUUGAAAAGUUUACUGUAAUUUGUUGUUUAUAUGUAUUAACUACUUAUGUUUUUUUUUAUAAUUGUAUAUACAAUUUUAUUUAAAACAUAUUGAGACUUUGAUUUCAGAUUACAAAUUAUAAUGUGCUAUAGUAAGUUGAAGAGUGACGUUUAAAGCUGGAACACUUAAACUUAUUAAUUAAAAAUAUAGAACAUUUUAAUGAAAUGUAUUUGAAAAGUUUGCUGUAAUUUGGUGUUUUUAUACAUAUAUAGUUAUUUUUUUAUUAUUUUGUGUAAAAUAUAAUUUAUAAAUUUAAGUUGCAUUUAUAACAGUAUUGCUGUGUGACUGUAUGUCACCAUCAUUUAUUGUUUACAAUAUACUUCUGGUUAUCUUAGCUAAAUGGCACUUGCACUUCCUUAGGACUUAAAACACCUUCGAACUCUGAUUACAUAGAGGUCAUAGAAAGAGGUUGGUUAUAACUAUCAUAAAUCAUAUUUAAACCGGAAAAUACAGUUUAUUAAUGCAAUAAAAAUGAUUUAUGAUUCAGUAAAAUGUUAGACUUUUUACUGUACUUUACAUACAAUCACUUACCACCAAAGUCUUCAAUUGAUUUCUGUGUCAUACUUUUGUUCCUCUUCUUAGCGGAAGUGUAACACCAACACUGUAGCAUCGUUAUUUCGAUCGCUGUGCUUUCUUCCUGUUGCUGGGUGUAUUCAAGCACUGGUACAAUUCUUUUUAAACCUUCAUCAAAGAAAACUUUUGGACCAGCUUUGUUUGUUUUCUCCUCUUCUUUAACAUAUUAAUAAUAUGUUGUCGUAAUAAAAUAUUUUGUUAUGAUUAUGAAAAACACUAAAUUGUUAUUUUAUUCAAUAUGGAGAUUAUUUUAUAAGUUAAUAUGAUAUCUUCCUCUUGGUAAAUGAGUUACGAGACUUUUUAAGUCUAUCGGGCAACUUGAAUGGACAAUUGGAUGUUCUAAAGGGCAGAUUAUCGUGGCUGUUUAACUUCUUGAUAAACCAUGAAUUCCUUUUGCAUCUUACUCCAUCAUUUGUUGAUAUAAUGUAAGAACGUGUUCCAGUCUUAAUAAUCUAACUAUGGAGUAAUAUGACAUUUGCCAGUCUGUUGAUUCUCUCCUGUAAUGAAUGUGGGCAACAUUUCUUUAUUCCUGUUCUGUAUGAACUGUUCUUGUUUGUAAUAUCAAAUAUUAUUGACUAAUGCCAGUAAUUUAUUUUUGGCAGUAAUUGCUCUUCUGUAGAUGAGAGUAGAUUUUGUGUCUACGACCCAUGAGCCUCUAAGAUGGAGGACCUAGUGAACAUUUCAGAAAUAAAAGUUAAAGGUCAAGGUCAGAAUCAUCAUUGUGACACUUUUUUAUGAGUAUUUUAACUUUCUAAACAUAGUGCUCUGCUAAUUUACUUGAUCUUGGAAAAAGAUGAUUAAAGUUCCAUACUUGUUCAAACGUGUAAAACUCAAAAUAAUUGCGCCCUAUUGCCUUGCACAAAAGUCUCAAGAGUUUUUAAAUGCACUCCUUAUGUGUACUGUGAAGCUUACCAUUAAAAAAUUAUAGCAGUCCCAAAUAAACGCUGAAAACAACCGGUCCUCCUAAGGAAUUUACUUUGUCCAGAGUGCCAAAAAUUUGUGCAACACUCUGUUACUAUCAUAAAGUAACUUCCUUCGGCUCAUUAACAUAAUUUACAGAGCGGAUCAACCCUAAACAUGCUGACUCUAUAAAGAUGUUUCCUCAGAUCUCAUGAACCAUAAUCAGACCCACAACUUUAGAAGAUAGUAAUACACUUAGGAUGAGUAGAUCAGGCGUUUACUCUGCAGGAAGGUGACUAGAAGUAGCCUUAGACUCCUUAUUGCAUGUUAAGUGUUAACCCACUUUGAGGCAACAUCAUAGGAUUCACAUCUAAGUCAAAAGUCAAACUUUAUUAACUUAAUCAUUAAGAAUAGUUAUAGCACCAAUAAAAAGAUCAUAAAAACAAACUUUAUGAUUUACAAUGUAUAAAUUUUAUAAUAAUAUUGGUACAUUUAUAAGUCCUCUGUAAGAAUUUGUCAAUGUAUAAAAGGGUUAGCAAGCCAGGAAUUCAGUGUUGUCUUCAGUCCUAAUCCUGUCUUGUAUCUCAAAUCCGGGGGGAGGCUGUUGUAUAUUUGAUUUCAUAUGUAUGUAAGUUUUUUUUCUGUACAAUGUGAGAGAUGAUGUCUCAAAAGGCGGUAUGUUGAUGCAUUUCUGUUGUUGUGUGGUUAUGUAUGCUGUAAAAUCUUUAUUGGUGCUCUUGGUCGAGAUAGGCAUCUCUGCAGCGAUGAAGUGGUUGGAAUCCAGCUAGUGUCAUAAUACCUUCUUUUUGAAGAGUCAUAAUUCUUUUUAAGUUCAUAGUGCAGGUGCCACCCCACUAAUGGACAACCAGACCAUACCUCGCAUUUGAUUCAAAGAGUAAAGUGGACUGUUCAGGCUGUUUCCAUGUUACUAACAGACUUAAUCCAUCUAUUUGCCAAUACGCUUGUGUUAAACUUCUUACUUAAGUAUAGUAAUGUUACGGGUGUUUGUUACAUAAAACAUCGUAACAGGGCGUUUUGUAUCCAGAUAAUUGUAAUUCUUGUGUACUCAAUUUGAUACAGAGCCACUGUUAAUUUGUUCUUAAAGUAUUGGAAUUUUAUUAAUAAAUAACACCAUUUAGUUAUUUCUAUUGAGACUCAGGUUUGGAAUUUAAGCUUUAAAGUCUUAGUAGUUAAAAUUAAUUCAAACUCUUAGAAAAUACUACUUGAUCCGAGCUCGGAAUAUCACUCUGAAUAAUCCGAUCUUCAAGUACUUGUACAAUCUUUUUCUGUAAGUGUUAGACUUGUUCUUUGUGUGUUUUUACUUUACAUGUGUGAUAUUAUAAUGAAAGUAAGUUAUUGUACUUUAAAAAAUUUGGUAAAAUAAAAAAUAAAAUCUUGA